GAAAGAGAAGAAGAAAAAGAAGAAACAAGAGGGAGGAGGAACUGCUUUCAAAUGCACUGAGAGCAUUUACUGCCAGAGAGAGAGCAACAAAGGAGGGAAAACAGAUUGUGUGCUUAAAUGUGUUGUCUCUAGUGGAGCUUCAGUAAAGACGAGGAAGAGCGUUUCCAACGAAGAAGCUCUGCAGCGUCUUAAUAUUUGUUAUCAGCACCAGAUUGGCGGCGUGGUCAGCUCAGAACUGAGAAGCAGCUGAAGGGGGAGACCGAGGAAACUUCGCCAGGAAUUUUAUUUAUUUAUUUUUUUGUGAUCCUGUUUUCAGAUAAAGGAGCAUUUGGUGGAAUUUGUGGAACAACAAUGAACCAAACUGCAUCAGUCUCCCAUCAGAUUGAGUGUCAGCCUGUCAAGGAUAUCAAGGAGUAUGUGGACGUCAGCCCUCCGCAGAGGAACUGGAAGGGCAUUGCCAUCUCUUUGCUGGUGAUCGUGGUGGUCUGCUCGCUCAUCACCAUGUCUGUGGUCGUCCUCACACCCGUUGAACUUCCCGGCAGCAGCAAGUCCAGGCUGACUGUGGCAGAUCUUUACAAACCAGAGUUCAGCAUUCACGACCCCGAGGCCAAGUGGAUUAGCGAUUCACAGGUGGUCUACAGGAACCGAGACGGAGAUGUCAUCAAGUUUGACUUUGUCCUGAAUGACACACACAUUCUCCUCAGCAACAGCAUAUUUGUAUCUUUCAAGGUGGCAAAGUACUCCCUGUCUGCAGAUCUAAAGUAUGCGCUCUUUGCCUAUGACGUCAAACGGAUGUACAGAUAUUCAUACACCGCAUCUUAUAUCUUGUACAACAUCUACACAAGGGAGGUAAGGGAGCUGAAUCCUCCCGAGGUCCACAAUGCUGUGCUCCAGCACGCAGCCUGGGGACGACAAGGACAGCAGCUGAUCUACAUCUUUGAGAAUAACAUCUACUACCAGUCAGACGUGAGGAGCAACUCUCUGAGAAUCACCUCCUCUGGGAUGGAGGGAGUCAUUUUCAACGGGCUCACUGACUGGCUGUACGAAGAGGAGAUUCUACAUUCAUAUUUGGCUCACUGGUGGUCUCCUGAUGGAGAACGACUGGCCUUCCUCACCAUCAACGACACACUGGUACCCAGCAUGGUUCUUCCCCAGUUCACCGGCAGCACGUACCCCCGAGGCCUACAGUACCCAUAUCCAAUGGCCGGUCACGUAAAUCCUGCAGUCAAGCUGUCAGUGGUCAACCUGGUUGGUGCGACGCACACUCAGGAGAUGCAGCCUCCCGAUCAGCUCGCGCUCAGGGAUUUCUAUAUCACCAUGGUGAAGUGGAUCAGUAAUACUCACCUCGCCGUGCGGUGGCUCAGUCGGCCCCAGAACGCUUCUCUGCUGACUGUGUGUGACGCAACAAUAGGAGUCUGUCUUCAGAGACAUGAGGAGUCUUCAGAGACAUGGCUUUCCAGACAGGGACAGGAUCCGCUGUUCUCCAGGGACAGGAGCAGGUUUUUCCUCACGCUGCCCGUGAAGCAGGGAGGUCACGGAGACUUCCACCACAUCACAAUGUUCACCAAGAAGCUGCGUAGCGACCAGGACGAAGUUCGCAACUUGACGUCGGGAAACUGGGAGGUGACAAAAAUUGUGGCGUACGACGAAAACAACCAGACUGUAUACUUCCUGAGCACAAAGGACGCUGCAGAACACAGACACCUAUACAGUGUGUCGACUCUCAGCUCGUUUCCACGGCGAUGCCUCACCUGUGGACUGCGAGAGGGGUGCACCUUCUUCGAUGCCGACGUCAGCCCGGACGCGCAGCACGCCAUCGUGCACUGUCAAGGUCCCGGAGUUCCAGCUGUGCUGCUUGUCAGUCUCGCCGACAUGGACUCGUAUUUCGUCUUGGAGAACAACCUCCCCCUGCGCUCAGCGCUGGAGACUAAAAGGAUGAUUCGGACGGAGAUCACUAACACAACCUUUGGGCUGCCUCUGAAGCUCAUCUAUCCUCCUGACUUCUCUGACUCCUACAUCUACGGCCUUCUUCUUAUUGUCGGCAGCUCUCCAGGCGCCCAGACGGUGACGGAGGAGUUCAGGCUGGAGUGGGACUCUGUGCUGGCAGGAUUGGAGCAGGUCAUCGUGGCACGGAUUGAUGGCAGGGGGUCAGGGUUCAGAGGUCAAAGUUUUUCCCAGCAGAGGCUCGGCACAGCGGACGUGGAGGACUACAUAGCAGCUCUGAAUUACCUGGCGGAGCGGCCGUUCAUCGAUCGCACUCGUGUUGGAGUCUUCGGCGAGGGCUACGGUGGCUACCUCGCGCUGAUGAUGCUGAAGUCGACAGAGAAGCUGAUCAGCUGCGCAGCUGUUCGUGCUCCCGUCACCGACUGGAGCAUGUACGCCUCAGCCUUCUCAGAGAGAUACUUCGGCUCACCUUCAGCUGACGAGAGCAGAUACCAAGCUUCCAAAGUUCUGUCCGGCAUGAAAAAUCUGGGAGGAACUCUAUUCCUGGUCCACGGCACUGCUGACGCCAAUGUUCACUUCCAGCACUCGGCCGAGCUCAUCAAGCACUUAAUAAAGAUCGGAGCCAACUACACUAUGCAGAUCUUCCCAGAUGAAGGCCACUUCCUGUCAAGACGCAGCCAGAUUCAGCUGACUCACUCCCUAAUUGGAUAUUUCAGAGGAUGCCUCCUCGAUGCGUCAUCGUUACUCACCCAACGAGACGACGAGUGAGAGGGAACGGGCUCGCUACUGUUUCUGGGCGUGUGUGUGUGUUUUAUACCUGUAGCACAAUGUUUGACAGACAGGAAAAGCUUCUUAUUGACAUAUCAGACUAGUCUGUGUCACCUCAGUAGAAAUAAGCUCCAGUUUUCACCUGCUGUCACAGGUUGUCGGUGACUGUCCCUGGAUUUAUCACCUUUCUUUUUUUUUUGUCCUGGCGGCGCAAACAAGCCUGUGAAAGAAGCGUUUAUAACUGUUCAAGCUUCAAACUGUGAGAAAACUGUGAGAUCACGUUGGACUUGUUAAUCGGAGUUCAAAUAUAAUUGAGAAAUUACUUUUUUUUUUAACCUUUAAGGUUUAGAUUAGUUUAAAAUCUGUGAAUCCUUGUUGCCUAGAGUUUGAUGACUGAUUCAGAAACCUGUUGUUCAAGGUGUGAUUGAGAAGUUCCUCCGUCAAAACAACUUAAAACCGUCCAUGAUAUAAAUUUGGACAAUCUCCCCUUCAUGAACUCCCUUUCAUCUACUUGUGCAUACCUGCAUCAUUUUACAGGUUAUUAAGACGUCAGACAUGGGAGGCAAACCUAAAACAGAGAGAAUAUGUUUUUGGAACGGGAAGGGAAAGCUAAGCUUUCUUACUGCCGAUGUAUUCAAAUAUCACCAACCAGCACAAAAACCAACUCCUUUUUCCAGUUUAUUCCUGAUCAUUAGUAGAGGAGGAGCUGUUUGAGGCAGUGUCCCACUGAGGUAGAUGUGUUAAAAUACAGCUAAUGCUACAGUCACACCAGGGAAAACAACAGCAACAAGUGGACGUCCAGUCUUGUUGCCUUUUAAAUUAUUGCUUUGACUUCGGUGCAUUGAGGCAAUGAUAAAACUGUAAAGUGUUUUCUUACAGUUUAAGGCGCCUUGAGGCAACUGUCGUUGUCAUUUGGCGCUAUAUAAAUAAACCUGAAUUAAUUGGAUUAAAUGGCAGUGAGAUGGAGUCGAUCUGCUUUCAGUCUGUGAUUGAAUGGGGUCAAGUUGACAGUUUGAGUUUGUGAGAAUACAGCAGUAAAGGCUGAUAAAUCAGAUGAGAUCAAAGAUCUUUUGCCAACUACGUGCACAGAAACUCACACCAGUCACACCAUCACAGAUUUGAAACAGAAAUUCCUCCAUAGAUAGUAACAUAGGGGCUUUUAUUUAUAACAAUACAACUAGUUGAGUCGAGCCUGUUAUCGCAAAGCGUCCCAGAGUUGUAUCAGGAGUUACUGCAACUUGUUGGCAAUCAAUCUGAGAGUGAUUGCAGUCGGUCAAAAGGCAGCCUGCAAGUGCUGGGGACAAUCAUCACAGAUUUGUCAUGGUCCAGUUUGUGCUUUGGUGUCAUGGAAUCAUUACACUUUUUAUUAGGAGUGUUGGUGGAUAUGAAAACUCAUUUUCACAAGACCAACCACAAAAGGACUCAAACCCUCAAUUUCCUGAUCUGAAGUCUGAGGCCUUAUCCAUUAGGCCAAGUGGCCACACACUGAGAUGCAGACUUACUUCUGGUAUGGUUUGUAAAGACGGGACUCUUAGCUCACACCUUGCAUCAACUGUUGUGUCUUUCUCAAAAUAUUAAAGCAUAAUGAUACCAACGAUACCAACCUGACCCAGAGGUCAAGAAUCUUCCAGAGCUGAGAGGAUAAAAAAGUAGAAAAACAUCAGUUUUAUAGAUAAAGCCAUGUUUAAAAACCUGACUUCAAGGACGUUUUCAGGUCAUGUUGUUUCCUUCUUUUUCCUUUUGAUGCACUUCUCAUUUCCCCGGGUGUUUGUGAUGCUAUCCUGUGGAUUAUUUAUGUGGGGCCAGCUUACAAAGUUUGACUCAUCAAGCUCAUAGACAGCAAUAGUGCUAAACAGAUGUACGACAGUUACAAGAUCUUUUUUUAAGCACGCUAUGUUUCCUUGUCCUUACUGAAACAGAGAGUUAUUUAUUUAUUUAUUACAUCUAAGAGUAGAUAUUUACUUUUUCACACCGGUUUUUUUUGGUGUUGUGCAGGUGUGGAGGAGCUUAAUAGCUACUCAUAGUUUGGCCUGGACUACAUUUCAGGACACAGCCUACUUUGGUUUAACUUUUCUCAUGGGUAUUUGCAGCAGGUCUGUUGCAGGUUAAAUGGUGACAUUUGGCUUAUAAUGUAUAUUUUAUGCUGUAAUUUCUUUUUCCUUUUUUUUAGGUAGCUGCAGGCCGUUCUGUUUUUGUAUAUUUAAGUAUGUGGUCCAAAACUUGAUUUAGAGUCACCUUUGACUGAUUAGGUGCCAGAAGUUUUCACUGUAGUUGGUUCUGUUGUUCUCCAACUUCAAUUUGUGCGUUUCCAGCUGCUUCAAGUCUUUUCUUUCCUUUUGUAAAUACAUUGUGGUUGUAGUGUUAUCCAGAAAACACUGCAAUAAAAGCAUAAUAAAUGUUAUGCCAAUACGGCGCCCGAGAGCGCUCCUCGCUGUGAUUACGGCUCUGAGAGCGAUUCCCACAAUUACCGCUCGGCCACUCACAAGUGCCAUCAAUCACAGAGACGAGCAUCCUUGGCGAGGUUCAUUUCCACGCAAGGAUAAAAACAGUUGCAGGAGUCGGCGUGCGUCGGGGGUGAAAAAUCCCCCCAGUGCUUGGCUUGCAGGUAGUUGCCAUGACAACUGUUUUGGUAGCCCAGGAUACGGCCACUCUCAUAAUUCAUUCAGAGAUGAGCGCUUUGCAUCGCGGAGCGAGCAGCUGCUGAUGCAACAUACUCAAAGCCAUAUGUAUCUGUGCUUUGUAACAUGGAGUCUGGUUUAAAGAGGGGGAGCGUAUGAGGGGGGGGGAUUUUGU